AUGGAGCAAGUUUUCCGAUCGACCCUUCCAGAGCCUUCCGAAGCUGGUGGAUUCUUUGGCAAUCUAUUCCCCAGCAUCGGUUUCGAUAUCGGUCCUAAAUGGGGUUCUUCUGACUCUUCUGACUCUUCUGGCUCUUCUGACUCUUCUGACUCUUCUGACUCUUAUUAUUCUUCUGACUCUUUUGACUCUUCUGACUCUUGUGACUCUUGUGACUCUUCUGACUCUUCUGACUCUUCUGACUCUUCUAACUUUUUUGGCUAUUCUGACUCUUCUGACUCUUCUGACUCUUCUGACUCUUCUGACUCUUCUAACUGUUCUGGAUCUUCUCACACUUUUGGCUCUUCAGGUUCUUCUGACUCUUCUGACUUUUCUAACUGUUCUGGAUCUUCUCACACUUUUGGCUCUUCAGGUUCUUCUGACUCUUCUGACUCUUCUGACUCUUAAAAUUCUUCAGACUUUUUUGACUCUUUUGACUCUUUUGACUCUUCUGACUCUUUUGACUCUUCUUAUUCUUCUUAUUCUUCUGACUCUUCUGACUAUUCUGACUCUUCUGACCCUUCUGACUCUUCUGACUCUUCUGACUCUUCUGACUCUUUUGACUCUUCUGACUCUUCUGACUCUUCUGACUCUUCUGACUCUUCUGACUCUUUUGACUCUUCUGACUCUUCUGACUCUUCUGACUCUUCUGACUCUUCUGACUCUUCUGACUCUUCUAACUGUUCUGGAUCUUCUCACACUUUUGGCUCUUCAGGUUCUUCUGACUCUUCUGACUUUUCUAACUGUUCUGGAUCUUCUCACACUUUUGGCUCUUCAGGUUCUUCUGACUCUUCUGACUCUUCUGACUCUAAAAAUUCUUCAGACUUUUUUGACUCUUUUGACUCUUUUGACUCUUCUGACUCUUUUGACUCUUCUUAUUCUUCUUAUUCUUCUGACUCUUCUGACUAUUCUGACUCUUCUGACCCUUCUGACUCUUCUGACUCUUCUGACUCUUUUGACUCUUCUGACUCUUUUGACUCUUCUGACUCUUCUGACUCUUCUGACUCUUUUGACUCUUUUGACUCUUUUGACUCUUCUGACUCUUCUGACUCUUCUGACUCUUCUGACUCUUCUGACUCUUCUGACUCUUCUGACUCUUCUGACUCUUCUGACUCUUCUGACUCUUCUGACUCUUCUGACUCUUCUGACUCUUCUGACUCUUCUGACUCUUCUGACUCUUCUGACUCUUCUGACUCUUCUGACUCUUCUGACUCUUCUGACUCUUCUGACUCUUCUGACUCUUCUGACUCUUCUGACUCUUCUGACUCUUCUGACUCUUCUGACUCUUCUGACUCUUCUGACUCUUCUGACUCUUCUGACUCUUCUGACUCUUCUGACUCUUCUGACUCU